GCCGCCGCCGCCGCCGCACAGUACGAAGGUAGACACACUGAGUAUCGGACGCCUCCGCGAGACUGACAGAAACGCGCGCGAUCCGUAUUCGAAAUUCAAAUUUGACAGCAACACUUUUUAAAAAGUUUUGUUUUUAAUCAGUUUAUGUGCAAGUGGCCAGUGUAGUGUUUAUACAACUUUGGAAUUCAGUUACAAAUUGUGCAUCCGACAUUAGCUGGCGGGAUUGGAUACAGAAUCGUCGAUUGAUUCUGCCCAACUGGAUUGUUGAUUGUAGCGUCCCUACAAUGCGCCAGUGACCACCAUGGACCCGCUGACCUGGCUGUCCCUGGGGCUGCAGCUCGCGGCCCUGUGCUCCAUCGUGGGAGCCCUGCUGCUGUACCUGCUGAGGAAGGUGCGCGUGGCCGAGGUCACGCCCGUGGAGAGCGCCAAGACUGUGCUGGUCACGUCCGUUGAUACCGCUUUGGGACUGCAGAUAGCAACAUACCUGAGCGGUCGCGGCUGGCGCGUGAUAGCCGGCUGCCGCGGCGGCGGGCUGGGCUCUCGCCUGGCCGAGUCGUGGCUCGCGGCGCACUCGGCGGACCUGCCCGAGGACCAGCCGCCCCCGAGGCUGGUGUGUCUCGAGCUGGAUGUGGCGAGGGAGGACUUGUUGGAUGAAGCGGCGAGGGCCACCGCGCAGCAUCUGCCGGCUGGGGAACAUGGAGUUUGGGCAGUGAUCAACACAGCCGGGAGCGGCGGGCGCGGCGGCGCGGCGUGCUGGGAGGCGGUGCUGCGCGGCAACGUGCUGGGCGCGCUGCGUGUUGCGCGCACGUUCGCGCCGCUGCUCGCCGCCGCCGCCGCCUCGCACCCGCACGCGGGGAGACUGUUUUAUAUCGGCCUAACAUCAGACACGGCCUGCGAGACCACUAACACGACGUGCGACGGCGAGGCGGCGGCGGGCGCGGCGGCGGCGCGCUGGGGCGUGUGGGGCGCGGCGCGGGCGUUACGCGCGUCACUCCGCGCGCGCGGGCUAAACGUCGUGAUGUUACACGCGCCGGAUAUAGCUGCGGCGGAGGUGUAUGCGCCGCCCGCGCAGAUCGUUGCGCCGAGUCAGCCGGCCAGCCGCCCCGACACCCCGAGCUCCGAGUCCAGUGCCUCGACCUGCGCGGUGGCCAUGCCAGGCGAGGCCGCCGAGUACAGCGCCAAGGUGCUGCCCACCAGCGCACUGAAGGUACUGGAGGACGCCCUCACCACGCCCUCGCCUAAAGACGCCUACUAUCUCAAGAUGAAGCCCGAUACUUGGUUCACACGAGUGCCGUCUUUGAGGGUCGCUUAGUAAGAGUAGCUGUAAAGGGUGGUUAAUGAUCCUUCUGAUGAUUAGAAGGUUAAGAUGCGGUUUCAAUUCGUUUGUCUUCAAGGUUUUCAGCCAAUGCAAGAAUGCACAUACCCACUUCAUUGGUUUACUCUUUCAUUGCUCGCUUGAGGGUGUUGGUACUCUGAUCAAUGUUUUGUAAGACCUUAAUAUAACCUUAUACAUAAAAAGAACCAUUCUUGAACCUUUUUACAACUUGGAGUAUCUUUGUAUCCGUAGUGUUAAGUUUUGUUAUUGUAUCACCGACCUACUUCUCCCUUUAUCGAUCGAAGGCACGGGAAAGUGGAUGCUAUGUGCCAAAUUAUAAGGUGCUAAUUGUAUUGCGUGUAAGCGCUGUAAUUUAACAUACAUAAAUGCAGUACCUUAAUGUUAUUUACGAGUUAAUUAAUUUAUCGACGGUGAUGGAUUUCUCGCCUCCGUCACGCUUUAAGAAACAAUUUAUGAUGUAAAUAUUUACCUUUUCAAUCUCACUUGUGCCAAUUAUGUAUGCGAAUAACAAGGAUCUAUUCAGUUUAAUUUUUAGUGUAUCCAGUGUAUUGGUAUUUAAUAAAUAAUACAUAAGGGAGGUUGAUAAUAAUUACGUUGUUUGUUGGCUAGCCGAAAGAGAUUAUUAUAGCUAUGGAUUUUGAGUCUAAUUUCAUAGAUUUAUGUGAAAUAUUUUACAAUUUAACUUUAACAGGCAUCCUUUGUUAGUUGUUUGUUUUAAUAACAAAUAACAAAUGCAUGACAUUUUUAUUCGUGUAAAUAAUUGUUGUAUAAUAAACGUUCUUCUUUGAUAAUAAAA